CGUAUAUGUAUGUAUAUGGUUAGUUAAACGACCGUAUAUAUGUUUACUAUUGAAUGUAGUACACACAAGUUGUGUAAAAACUCCAUCCACAUGCAGCGUAGCACACGUGUAAAGCACACACGCACACCUCCGUCAAGCCUAAAUACUCCCCUUCACUUUCCCUUCCACCCACAACUCCCUCGUCAGAAACUGACUUCAUCUUCUAACAGAUGUUCACCCCCUUCUCUCUCUCUCUCAUCCUUCACUUUCUUUCUCUCUCUCUCUCUUUGAGUCUUUCCUUCCUUCCAUGGCUUAUUCAUGCAAUCGCCGCCAGUGGAGCCCAGACAAAUGCUUCUGCUUUAGAAAUAUUUCCCUUUUGAGGUUAUUACUCCUUCUCGUAAUUUAAUAUUAUGUGCGGAAAGCAGGAAAGAAAUGGAAGACUGGAUUAUGGCAAUCAAAACUGCAAGCAGUAAGGAAUAUUAUGACGCUAAUACUGACCAUCGAGAGAGGAUGUCUGGCCAGCACAACUGGUACGCAUGCUCUCAUGCACGACCAACCUAUUGCAACGUAUGUCGUGACGCUUUGUCAGGCGUCACAUCUCAUGGUUUGUCCUGUGAAGUGUGUAAAUUCAAGGCGCAUAAGAAAUGUGCCGUGAAGGCCUCUUCUAAUUGCAAAUGGACGAGUUUAGCAUCUGUGGGCAAGGAAAUCAUUGAAGAUGAAGAUGGGAUACACAUGCCACAUCAAUGGCUAGAAGGGAACCUACCUGUCAGUGCCAAGUGUAAUGUCUGUGAAAAAACCUGUGGCAGUGUUUUACGUCUACAAGAUUGGCGGUGCAUCUGGUGUCGAGCAAUGGUUCACAUCGGUUGUCAAGAAAAGAUGUCAGCAAAGUGUCCUUUUGGCCAGUGUCGAGUGUCUAUUCUACCACCAAUUGCCAUCAACAGUAUGGACUCUGAUGGGUUCUGGGAGGCAACUAGGCCUGCAGGCACCAGUCCUUUGUUAGUAUUUGUUAAUUCCAAAAGUGGAGACAACCAGGGUGUUAAGUUUUUACGGCGAUUUAAGCAGUUGUUAAAUCCUGCGCAGGUCUUUGAUCUUAUGAAUGGAGGUCCAUACCCCGGUUUAAGGUUGUUUCAGAAAUUUAACCAGUUUCGAAUUUUAGUGUGUGGAGGAGAUGGAAGCAUUGGUUGGGUUUUAACAGAAAUAGAUAAGUUAGACAUACAUAAACAGUGUCAAAUUGGAGUUUUGCCAUUUGGUACUGGAAACGAUUUAGCAAGAGUCUUAGGGUGGGGUUCAGCUUUUGAUGAUGAUACCCAGCUACACGCUUUGUUGGAGAAGCUGGAACAUUCUCAGAUCAAGAUGCUGGAUCGAUGGAGUAUACUGACAUAUGAAGGUACCAUGCCUACACCCAGAAAAUUGUCUCAACAGUUUGAAGGUAUUGGCAUCUAUGAAGACAGUGUGGCUGACCAUUUGUCUAAAAUAUUGCAUUCCACAGACCAUACUGUUGUUAUAAGAUCUGCCAAGGUUUUAUGUGAAACUGUGAAAGAAUUUGUAUGCAAGGUUGGGCAGUCCCAAGAUGGGGAUGGAGAAAAGGCUGGAGAGACAUCAAUAUCAUCUAAAUGUAAUAUAUUAAAUGAAAAGCUGGAAAGUUUACUGAAGACAUUAAAAGAUGAAGCUCUCAUGGUGUCUGCUCAAGAAGGCUGCUUUAAAUGCACAAGUGAUGAUAAAGAUGAAGCUAGCUCCCCUGAGAGGGAUACAGUCCCAGGAGAGAUCACUGGUAUCAAGAGCACGAAAGGCAUGAUUUUCAAGCCACGAGAAGCUCUUAUGUGUCGAGCAAACAGUCUGAAGAAAGCUAUUCGACAGAUUAUUGAACACACUGAGAAAGCUGUCGAUGAACAGAAUGCACAAACUGAAUCGCAGUGUGGCCUUAUUCAACCAGAAGCUGCACUGGACUCCAAUAUUCUCUGUGAGCAAUCACAGCAGUUUCCCUCGUCCAAUUCUGUGCAAGGUUUAGAAGUUUCACAGUCGGUGCCAACGUUUGCAGUCUACACAUCUGAAUCCAAGCCAGCUGCUAAUGCACAUCCAGCUCAGUUGAAACUUGCAGUCUCCUGUUUUGAUGUUUCUUCUGAAGCAAGUUCCAGCUGUCUCUGUGUCGAACCCUCGGGAGAAGAAUAUUCCAGGUCACCUCGAGGGCCAGCCACUCGGCGUAUCAGCAGUAUGAGCAUGUUCAACAAGUCGCACAGUGUUGGCUCAAAUCUUAGUAAAAUUCGGGAUAAGAGCCCCAUCAAAGACAUUCCACAUUCACCCACUGCAGCACAGCCCUGUCUUAUGCUGCCAGGUAUCAGCAGUUCAAUUGCUGGGCGUCUUGCAGGUGGCAGCUUUAUCAGUCAGGUGUUGUUGGCCAAUGCAGAUGCAUUAUGUGCUGCAGCUUCUCCACUCAUUGAAGAAGAUAUCCAUCUUGAAGAAUAUACAGAAAAAUGUGUGAUGAAUAACUAUUUUGGAAUAGGGCUUGAUGCCAAAAUUUCUUUAGAUUUCCAUUUGAAAAGAGAAGAACAUCCAGAGAAGUGCAGGAGCAGGACCAAAAAUUUCAUGUGGUACAGUGUGCUGGGAGGUAAAGAAAUAUUGCAACGAACCUUUAAAAACCUGGACCAACGUGUCCAGCUGGAGUGUGAUGGCCAGCGUAUACCACUGCCCAGCUUACAGGGCAUUGUUAUACUGAAUAUCCCCAGUUAUAUGGGUGGUGCCAACUUUUGGGGAGGGACCAAGGAAGAUGACAAUUUCACUGCUCCCAGCUUUGAUGACAAAAUACUAGAAGUUGUUGCAGUAUUUGGUUCUAUGCAAAUGGCUGUAUCCCGAGUGAUAGACUUACACCAUCAUCGUAUAGCACAGUGUCGGACGGUGAAGGUGACAAUUAUGGGUGAUGAAGGUGUACCAGUACAGGUGGAUGGUGAAGCUUGGAUGCAGCCACCCGGAUAUAUCCGUAUUGUACAUAAAAACAGAGCGCAGAUGUUGACAAGAGAUCGGAUUUUUGAAAAUGUUUUGAAAACCUGGUCAAACAAACAGAAAGUUCCCCAAGCUUCCAGUCCUGGACCGGCUCUGGUGUUGGAAGACGAAGCUGCUCUACACAGCUUUAUAGAAGUGUCAUCUGAAUUUAUAGAUUGUGUGAAAUCGUCUGCUAAUCAACACAGUGCUCUUGAACAAGAUCUUUAUUCCCAUUCCUCUGAAGCAUCAGAACGCCUGGAUGCUUUGUGUCUUUCAGGGAAACUUGCUGAAUCAAAUUCUUCACUGACCGAACCCUCACUGCGACCUUUACUCUCCGAUUUUGUCAAUAGCAUGAAAAUUCUUUACAAUGAAACACACAUUUUUCUACGAGAAAAGUCUCCUUCUACAUAUUACAAUCGUGAUGCUCAAUUAAGUGGGUUACUAACAAAAUUAGAAGCUGAAAUGAGGAAAAUAGUUGAUGUCACUGGACUUGUGAAUUUACAAACGAGUCAAGAAGAGAUGUCCACAUCAGAACAAAAACAUCGUAAGGGAGGCAAAUUCCGGCAGGUUUACAGCAAAUUGAAGGGCAAAGGUCGUGAUAAAGAACGAGACAAGAACAGUUCUCAGGCAGCUUCAACAGAUCUGAAAAAUAUUGAAGACUGGAGUACAGCUGAAGUAGCAAUGUGGUUGGAGACACUGGCUCUUGGAGAGUACCAACAGAAUUUUGUAACAAAUGAAAUCCGAGGUUCAGAAUUACUGUCGUUAGAACGAAGUGAUCUCAAAGAUCUUGGUGUCCACAAAGUCGGUCAUCUCAAACGUAUAAUGCAAGGCAUAAAAGAACUAAACAACAGACUGCCCAUUACAGCAGAGAAAUUAUGACAUUUCAGACUCUCAACUCUCUCUCUCUCGUCAACAUUCACACACACAUAUAUCUUGCACACACACACACUUACGCUCACACAAAUUCACUGUUUUGUCCCAUUGUUCUGUUUGGCUGUCUUCUUUCAAUUUUAGCCUCCUGCAAUGCUUGGAAUAUAUUGGGCCAAUAUUCCGUACUUUUUGAGGCUUUCAUGAUAAAUAUAUAUAUAUAUAUAUAUAUAUAUA